AUGGUCACCAUGUCCACCGUGGGUUAUGGGGAUUUGGCACCCACCAUUUGGUAUUCGCAGUUGCUGGGCAUUGGCUUCAUUUUAGUUGGCAUCAUCGUGGUGUUUGGACAACUUGGCGAAGUAGUUGGAUUCGUCAUAGAACCAUUCUUCGAUAAGAUGCGUGAAGUGCUGGAUCGGAUCUGGAAGCCAACAGAGAUCGAGAUCAAGGAAGGCAACAAGGUCCUGAAAAAGAUCAAGGUGCCAGCGAGACCGGUCAUCUACUUCACCAAGGGCCUCAUUGGUCCUUUGAGUAUUCUGCUGCUCUUUCAAUUCCUCUCCGCCAUCAUUUUUGUCUUUGUCGAACCGGGGUGGGACUUGUGGACCGCCUGGUGGUACGUCAUGGUCACGGCCACCACCGUAGGAUAUGGUGACUUCUCUGUCUCCCGAACCAACAAUGAUGGUGGGCUGAUUUGGGCCUCACUUCACAUUCUUCUGUCCUGCAGUUUGUUGGCCGCGCUGAUUGGAGACAUUUCAGAGCUGAAGCAAGAACGAAGGGAGCAGUUGAUCCAGAUCAAGCACUACUUAAAGUGCCACGAGCCGGAGACUUUACAAGCUUUGGACAAGGAUGGCGAUCAAAAGCUGCGCAAGGAGGAGUUUGUCCUAGGGAUGCUGAAGAAGAUUGGCAAGCUGGACAAGGAGGAUGUGCAGUUCAUCGAGGCCAUUUUCGACAACAUCGAUGCGGUCGAUGGCGUUCCGGAUGGCUCCGUGAACACGGAGAAGUUUGAGAGAGCUGAAGUGCGAAGCAAGAUGUCCACGGAGAGAGAGCUCGCUUGGAAGAAGUUGAGCUUUUGUGUCAAGCAGGAGCUCAAGUACAUGGACGUGAGAAAUGCCAUGAAGGAAGAAGUGCGGCCAACAUCCAAGGUGGCUCCUGCCAAGGUGGAUGACGCUCCUCCCUUGCCACCGCCAGCUGAGGCACCACCCACACCCACGCAGCACACCCAGGGUGGCUGCACGUGCAACGUGCACUACAUCUACCCACCCACGCCAUGUCCCUCCUACCAAGUGACCAACGCAGCCCCACCCGGCUCACCCAGCUCACCCUUUUCACCCACGCCCUGUCCAUCCUACCAGGUGUGUCCAUCCUAUCAGCCUGUGCUCCGCUAUCCACCGCCACCACCAUAUCCACCACCUCUGCCCAGCACUGGAGUUUGGUACAUGACCUAUUGA